AUGGUCGCAAAGCCGCUGCCCCAACUCAUUCUACUCUUUGUCACGGACCAAUUUCGCUACGAUGCCUUUCAACCCACCGUCACACCCAACCUCUAUCAACUCUCACUCGACUCCAAGGCCACGACGUUUACCAAUGCCUACGUUUCCACACCAACAUGUACUCCUGCCAGGGCAUCGCUCUUGACGGGAAAGAGUCCCUGGGCCCAUGGCAUGUUGGGCUACAGUGGGACCGUCAACUGUCAAGAGUACCCCACCACCCUCCCUGGCAUGCUGUCCGAUCUGGCAGGAUACGAGACAUUCUCGGUGGGAAAGAAUCACUUUGGAUGGGACAAGACGGCAGCCUAUGUGACACACGACUUUCAACACCUGGAAGUCUAUGAUGCACUCGACUACGAGCCUCGACCCGAUGACUAUCUGCAGUACUUUCACGAAUUGUAUCCAGGUAAGGAUCCGCUUUCUGUGACGUGUGAUCGGCUGGGAUACAAUGAUUGGAGGGCAUGUCCCUACGGAGGAGCCAAUGAAACCCAGCAUCCUACGGAAUGGACGACUCGGCAGGCAUUGCGCUAUCUCCAAGAGUUUGACUUUAGCGACAAGAAUCAAAAAAUGUUUCUCAAAGUCAGCUAUCAUCGACCCCAUUCACCCUAUGAUCCACCGCAACGACUCUUUGACAAACACCUCCACUCCAAGAUAGAACCAGAACGAUUUGUCAACAAGAGUAGUUGGGAUCAGCAAUGGUACACGACACGCAUGCCCAAGGAUGCCUAUCAUGGCGAUCCUGGAGAAGAAAAAGCCCACUACACACGAGCCGGAUAUCUCGCCAGUGUCGAGUUUGUCGACGAAGGUAUGGGGCGCAUACUGGAUUAUUUGCGACAACACGCACUAUUGGAACAGUCCCUCGUCUUGUGGACUUCGGAUCAUGGAGAUCAACUAGGCGACCAUUAUCUUUGGAGAAAGGGCUACCCCUAUGAAGCCAGCAGUCACAUCAAUAUGAUAAUCAAACUGCCCCAAGGAGAAGAUGAUUCCAGCAGCAAUUCUAGCCCUGACUUCAGAAGGCAGAAUCAAGAAUCUACUACUACCAACACGGAACCGAAAACCAGCCCAGCCCUGGUGGAGAUUCGAGAUGUAGCUACCACUCUCUAUGACUACGUGGGGAUAUUGGAGAAGGUCCAAAAGCGUGAUCCCUUGGUGAACGGAAAGAGUCUCCUUCCUAUCCUAGAAGGUGACGAGACAAUGGUGCGAAGCUGGCUAGAUCUGGAGCACUCUGUUGUGUACAGCCAUAAUAUCCACUGGAAUGCCAUUGUGGGCUUUUAUCCUGAUGACGACGUGGACUUUCAACAAAGUGACCGAAGAGAUGCACGGCAGGAAAGUUCCAACUUGCUGCUCUGGAAGUACAUCUUCCAUGUCUACGAUGGAGACGAACAGCUCUUUUGCCUUUCCAGAGAUCCGCAGGAAACCUAUGAUGUCUCGGAAACCAAACCCGACAUUCUCAAACACUGGAGAGCCACCAUGGUGUCUCAGUUUCAGGAAGAAGGCCGCGGAGAGGAAUGGGUCCGUGAUGACCAUUUGAUUGUUCAUAGACCGGCCAUCACUUACGGACCCAACUUUCCCUGCAAGGAACGAAUCAAAGCAUGA